GAGCGCGCACGCCGCGCCCCGCCCCCGUCCCCGCCGCCGCCGUCGCCGCCGCCCGAGAGCUGUUGCCGCCACAGGUGCCUGCCUGCAGAUGGUGUCCAUUGUCAGUGCUGUCCAACGUGUGCCAGGCUGAUCCAUGGUCACUUUCCGGGAUGGCAGCAAGGUGACUUCAGCUGAGGAUGACCCUGACUGAAAGGCUGCGUGAGAAGAUAUCUCAGGCCUUCUACAACCAUGGGCUGUUCUGUGCGUCCUACCCCAUCCCCAUCAUUCUCUUCACGGGGCUCUGCAUCUUAGCCUGCUGCUACCCACUGCUGAAACUCCCCUUGCCAGGAACAGGACCCGUGGAAUUCACCACUCCUGUGAAGGAUUACUCGCCCCCGCCUGUGGCCUCUGACCACAAGCCAGAAGAGCCUAAUGAGCAGCCAGAGUGGUACGUGGGUGCCCCGGUGGCUUAUAUCCAGCAGAUAUUUGUGAAGUCUUCAGUGUCCCCCUGGCACAAGAACCUCCUGGCAGUAGAUGUGUUCCGCUCACCUCUGUCCCGGGCAUUCCAGCUGGUGGAGGAGAUCCGGAACCAUGUGCUGAGAGACAGCUCUGGGACCAGGAGCCUGGAGGAGGUAUGCCUGCAGGUGACCGACCUGCUGCCAGGCCUCAGGAAGCUCCGGAACCUCCUCCCCGAGCAUGGAUGCCUGCUGCUGUCCCCUGGGAACUUCUGGCAGAAUGACCGGGAACACUUCCAUGCUGAUCCUGACAUCAUUGGAACCAUCCAUCAGCACGAACCUAAAACCCUGCAGACCUCAGCCACGCUCAAAGACUUGCUGUUUGGUGUCCCUGGAAAGUACAGCGGAGUGAGCCUUUACACCAGGAAGAGGCUGGUCUCGUACACCAUCACCCUGGUCUUCCAGCACUAUGAUGCCAAGUUUCUGGGCAGUCUGCGGGCCCGCCUGAUGCUCCUGCACCCCAGCCCCAACUGCAGCCUUCGGGCAGAGAGCCUGGUCCACGUGCACUUCAAGGAGGAGAUUGGCAUCGCUGAGCUCAUCCCCCUUGUGACCACCUACAUCAUCUUGUUUGCCUACAUCUACUUCUCCACGCGCAAGAUCGACAUGGUCAAGUCCAAGUGGGGGCUGGCUCUGGCCGCCGUGGUCACAGUGCUUAGCUCGCUGCUCAUGUCGGUGGGGCUCUGCACACUCUUCGGCCUGACGCCCACCCUCAACGGCGGUGAGAUUUUCCCCUACCUUGUGGUGGUCAUUGGGCUCGAGAACGUGUUGGUGCUCACCAAGUCAGUGGUCUCCACCCCAGUGGACCUCGAGGUGAAGCUGCGCAUCGCCCAAGGCCUAAGCAAUGAGAGCUGGUCCAUCAUGAAGAACAUGGCCACAGAGCUGGGCAUCAUUCUCAUUGGCUACUUUACCCUUGUGCCUGCCAUCCAGGAGUUCUGUCUUUUUGCUGUCGUGGGCCUGGUGUCUGACUUCUUCCUUCAGAUGCUGUUUUUCACCACUGUCCUGUCCAUUGACAUUCGCCGGAUGGAGCUAGCGGACCUGAACAAGCGACUGCCUCCUGAGGCCUGCCUGCCCCCAUCUAAGCCGGCGGGGCGGCCAGCACGCUUCGAGCGGCAGCUGGCUGUGCGGCCGUCCACACCCCACACCAUCACACUGCAACCGUCCUCCUUCCGAAACCUGCGGCUCCCCAAGAGGCUGCGUGUCGUCUACUUCCUGGCCCGAACCCGCCUGGCACAGCGCCUCAUCAUGGCUGGCACCGUUGUCUGGAUUGGCAUCCUGGUGUACACAGACCCAGCAGGGCUGCGCACAUACCUCACUGCGCAGGUGACAGAGCAGAGCCCUCUGGGCGAGAGCGCCCUGUCUUCCAUGCCUGUGCCUAGUGGUGUGCUGCCUGCCAGCCACCCGGACCCCGCCUUCUCCAUCUUCCCACCUGGCGCCUCUAAGUUACCCGAGAACCAGACAUUGCCAGGGGAGCUGCCCGAGCCUGGGGCUCCAGCUGAGGGCGUCCAUGACAGCCCAGCCCCAGAGGUAACCUGGGGGACUGAGGAUGAGGAACUUUGGAGGAAGUUGUCCUUCCGCCACUGGCCAACGCUCUUCAGCUACUACAACAUCACACUGGCCAAGAGGUACAUCAGCCUGCUGCCUGUUAUCCCAGUGACGCUCCGCCUGAACCCGAGGGAGGCCCUGGAGGGGCGGCACCCUCAGGACGGCCGCAGUGCCUGGCCCCCGCCGCGGCCUGGGCAGGGUGGGCUCUGGGAGGCUGGCCCUAAGGGGCCAGGCACGGCGCAGGCGCACAGAGACAUCACCCUGUACAAGGUGGCGGCACUCGGCUUGGCCUCAGGCAUCGUCCUCGUGCUGCUGCUGCUCUGCCUAUACCGCGUGCUCUGCCCUCGCAACUACGGGCAACCCGGCUCGGGGCCCGGGCGGCGGCGGCGUGGGGAGCUGCCCUGCGAUGACUACGGCUACGCGCCACCCGAGACAGAGAUUGUGCCCCUGGUGCUGCGCGGGCAUCUCAUGGACAUCGAGUGUCUGGCCAGUGACGGGAUGCUGCUGGUGAGCUGUUGCCUGGCAGGCCACGUGUGUGUGUGGGACGCGCAGACUGGAGACUGCCUCACUCGCAUCCCACACCCGGGCAGGCAGCGCCAGGACAGUGGUGUUGGCAGCGUGUUGGAGGCUCAGGAGAGCUGGGAACGGCUAUCGGACGGUGGGAAGGGUGGCCCAGAGGAGCCUGGGGACAGUCCUCCGCUACGGCAUCGUCCCCGGGGCCCUCCGCCAGCUUCCCUCUUCGGGGACCAGCCGGACCUCACCUGCUUGAUCGACACCAACUUCUCAGCGCAGCCACAGCUCCUAGAGCCCGCUCAGCCCGAGCCCCGGUACCGGGCGGGCUGCCGCCGUGCUCAGGCCUCCCCAGGCUAUGACUUCAGCCACCUGGUGCAGCGACUGUACCAGGAGGAGGGAAUGGCUCCCGUCCACACACCAGCCCUGCGCCCACCCUCGCCCGGGCCCACGCUGCCCCAGGCCCCUGAGGACGAGGGGGGCUUUCCUCCCGAGAAGGGCUCCCCUUCCCUCGCCUGGGCCCCCAGCGCAGAUGGCUCCAUCUGGAGCCUGGAGCUGCAGGGCAGCCUCAUCGUGGUGGGGCGGAGCAGUGGCCGCCUGGAGGUGGGCAGAGGGGACGUCUGUGCAGGGGGUUUGUGGGCCCUCCCAGCUCGCAGGUGCUCACAGCCUCUGGGCCUGCAGGUGUGGGACGCCAUCGAGGGCACUCUGCGCUGCAGCAGCGAGGAGGUCUCCUCGGGCAUCACGGCCCUCGUCUUCCUGGACAAAAGGAUUGUGGCUGCCCGGCUCAACGGUUCCCUUGAUUUCUUCUCCUUGGAGACUCACACUGCCCUCAGCCCCCUGCAGUUCCGAGGGGCCCCGGGGCGGGGCAGUUCUCCCACAUCCCCUAUGUACAGCAGCAGUGACGCAGUGGCUUGUCACCUGACCCACACAGUGCCCUGUGCACACCAGAAGCCCAUCACAGCCCUGAAGGCAGCUGCCGGGCGCCUCGUGACUGGGAGCCAGGACCACACACUGAGAGUGUACCGUCUGGAGGACUCAUGCUGCCUCUUCACCCUGCAAGGCCACUCAGGGGCCAUCACGACUGUGUACAUUGACCAGACCAUGGUGCUGGCCAGUGGAGGACAAGAUGGGGCCAUCUGCCUGUGGGAUGUGCUGACUGGCAGCCGGGUCAGCCACAUGUUCGCUCACCGUGGGGAUGUCACCUCCCUCACCUGUACCACCUCCUGCGUCAUCAGUAGUGGCCUAGAUGACCUCAUCAGCAUCUGGGACCGCAGCACAGGCAUCAGGCUCUACUCCAUUCAGCAGGACCUGGGCUGUGGUGCAAGCUUGGGUGUCAUCUCAGACAACCUGCUGGUGACCGGCGGCCAGGGCUGUGUUUCCUUUUGGGACCUAAACUACGGGGACCUGUUACAGACAGUCUACCUGGGGAAGAACAGCGAGGCCCAGCCGGCCCGCCAGAUCCUGGUGCUGGACAAUGCUGCCAUUGUCUGCAACUUUGGUAGCGAGCUCAGCCUAGUGUACGUGCCCUCUGUGCUGGAGAAGCUGGACUGAGGGUGGCCUCCCUGCCCGUCUGGCUGGGGUGCUCUGUGGGGCAAUGCGCUGGACCUGGACUGGGGGAAGAGCUGAAUCUCUGGGAAGCUGCCUCUGAACUGUCCUGUCCUGCCUCAUGACUGUAAUAUUAAACUUUUUUUAAAA